UUGCGCUCUACUGCACACGUGCUGCACCCGCACCUCGUGCGGUACUACGGCUGCGAGCUGCACCGCGUGCGUUGCACACACAUUGUACUCUACUGCACACGUGCUGCACCCGCACCUCGUGCGGUACUACGGCUGCGAGCUGCACCGCGUGCGUUGCACACACAUUGUACUCUACUGCACACGUGCUGCACCUGCACCUCGUGCGGUACUACGGCUGCGAGCUGCACCGCGUGCGUUGCACACACAUUGCACUCUACUGCACACGUGCUGCACCCGCACCUCGUGCGGUACUACGGCUGCGAGCUGCACCGCGUGCGUUGCACACACAUUGCACUCUACUGCACACGUGCUGCACCCGCACCUCGUGCGGUACUACGGCUGCGAGCUGCACCGCGUGCGUUGCACACACAUUGUACACUGCUGCACACGUGCUGCACCCGCACCUCGUGCGGUACUACGGCUGCGAGCUGCACCGCGUGCGUUGCACACACAUUGUACACUGCUGCACACGUGCUGCACCCGCACCUCGUGCGGUACUACGGCUGCGAGCUGCACCGCGUGCGUUGCACACACAUUGUACACUGCUGCACACGUGCUGCACCCGCACCUCGUGCGGUACUACGGCUGCGAGCUGCACCGCGUGCGUUGCACACACAUUGCACUCUACUGCACACGUGCUGCACCCGCACCUCGUGCGGUACUACGGCUGCGAGCUGCACCGCGUGCGUUGCACACACAUUGUACACUGCUGCACACGUGCUGCACCCGCACCUCGUGCGGUACUACGGCUGCGAGCUGCACCGCGUGCGUAGCACACACAUUGUACACUGCUGCACACGUGCUGCACCCGCACCUCGUGCGGUACUACGGCUGCGAGCUGCACCGCGUGCGUUGCACACACAUUGUACACUGCUGCACACGUGCUGCACCCGCACCUCGUGCGGUACUACGGCUGCGAGCUGCACCGCGUGCGUUGCACACACAUUGCACUCUACUGCACACGUGCUGCACCCGCACCUCGUGCGGUACUACGGCUGCGAGCUGCACCGCGUGCGUUGCACACACAUUGCACUCUACUGCACACGUGCUGCACCCGCACCUCGUGCGGUACUACGGCUGCGAGCUGCACCGCGUGCGUUGCACACACAUUGUACACUGCUGCACACGUGCUGCACCCGCACCUCGUGCGGUACAACGGCUGCGAGCUGCACCGCGUGCGUUGCACACACAUUGCACUCUACUGCACACGUGCUGCACCCGCACCUCGUGCGGUACUACGGCUGCGAGCUGCACCGCGUGCGUUGCACACACAUUGCACUCUACUGCACACGUGCUGCACCCGCACCUCGUGCGGUACUACGGCUGCGAGCUGCACCGCGUGCGUUGCAACACAUUGCACAUUCUACUGCACACGUGCUGCACCCGCACCUCGUGCGGUACUACGGCUGCGAGCUGCACCGCGUGCGUUGCACACACAUUGUACUCUACUGCACACGUGCUGCACCCGCACCUCGUGCGGUACUACGGCUGCGAGCUGCACCGCGUGCGUUGCACACACAUUGCACUCUGCUGCACACGUGCUGCAUCCGCACCUCGUGCGGUACUACGGCUGAGGAGAUGCUGCUGUUUAUGGAGCUGUGCGUUGAAGGUUCCCUGGAGGCACUGCUGGGUGCUUCUGGUGCACUGGACGAGCCGGCCGUGCGCCGUUACACCAAGCAGCUCCUCAGCGCUGUACAAGAGCUGCACUCUAGAGGCAUCGCGCAUCGCGACAUUAAGAGUGGCAACAUCUUUCUUACAAACGAGGGUCACUGUCUAAAGCUCGGUGACUUCGGGUGCGCUGUGAAGAUCCGUAGCAAUUCAACCGUGCCCGGUGAGCUGCAGGGCUUCGUCGGCACGCAGGCGUACAUGGCGCCCGAGGUGUUCAUGAAGUCGUCGGGGCACGGGCGCGGCGCCGACAUCUGGUCGCUGGGCUGCGUCGUCGCCGAGAUGGCGUCCGGCAAGCGUCCGUUUUCCGAGUACGACAGCAACUAUCAGAUCAUGUUCGUGGUGGGCAUGGGUGGACGGCCGGAAAUCCCCGCGAGCCUGUCGGAGGAGGGGCAGGAGUUCUGCCGGCGCUGCCUCACGCACGACCCCGAACUGAGACCGCGAGCGCACGACCUGGCGCUACAUCACUUCCUCAUGCUAAAGUCAGACGAAGACUGCAAGUGCGAGCCGGCGUAUCUCAUCACAUGA